CCGGACACCGCCGCCUCGGGCCCCGGACCCGCGGGCUGUGCGGAGACACUCCUGGAGCCCCUCGUGUUCCCCGCGCAGAGCGGGAGGCUAACGCCAAGGACUCCUCACGGCAUCACCGUCACCCCUCCCACCACUCCUCAGGCCAAGCGGCGCCACAAGCUGAAGCCCCCACGGACUCCUCCUCCCCCGUGCCGGAAGGUUUUCCAGCUGCUGCCUAACUUCCCGACCCUCACGAGGAGCAAGUCCCACGAAUCCCAGCUGGGAAACAGGAUAGAUGAAGUUCCUCCAAUAAAGUUCGAACUCUCCCAAGGAUCCCCUCAGACGGUACGAAGAGACUUUGGCCUGGCUGUGACACACAGGUUCUCUACAAAGUCUUGGCUAUCUCAGAUUUGCCAGGUCUGUCAGAAGAGCAUGAUGUUUGGGGUGAAGUGUAAGUACUGCAGAUUAAAAUGUCACAACAAAUGUACUAAAGAGGCACCUGCUUGUAGAAUAUCCUUCCUUCCCAUAGCAAAAAUAAGAAGAACAGAGUCUGUCCCUUCUGAUAUCAAUAAUCCAGUAGACAGACCCACAGAGCCCCAGUUUGGAACUCUCCCCAAAGCACUAACUAAGAAGGAGCAUCCACCAGCAAUAAAUCACCUGGACUCUAGCAGUAAUCCUUCUUCCACAACCUCAUCCACUCCAUCUUCUCCAGCGCCUUUCCAGUCUUCCAACCCCCCCAGUGCAACGCCCCCCCCGAACCCCUCUCCCAUGGGCCAGAGGGACGGGAGGUUCAACUUCCCAGCUGCCUACUACCUUCAGCAUAGACAACAAUUUAUCUUCCCAGAAAUUCCCAGCCCCGCACAAACGGCACAACCUCCAGACCCUGCUGCAGACACUAAUGCUGCCCAGCAGCAGCCAGGCACGGGCACCGCGCACCAGGCACAGCUGCAGGGGAUGAUCUACCGCAAGCCCAGCCAGACCAGCGUCUACCUGCAGGAGUGGGACAUCCCCUUCGAGCAGGUGGAGCUGGGGGACCCCAUCGGGCAGGGACGCUGGGGCAAGGUCUACAAGGGCAAGUGGCACGGGGAGGUGGCCAUCAGGCUGCUGGAGAUCGAUGGCAACAACCAGGACCACCUCAAGCUCUUCAAGAAGGAGGUCAUGAACUACAGACAGACCCGGCACGAGAACGUGGUGCUGUUCAUGGGAGCCUGCAUGAACCCCCCUCACCUGGCCAUCAUUACCAGCUUCUGCAAAGGAAGGACACUGCACUCCUUUGUGAGGGACCCCAAGAUCUCCCUGGACAUCAACAAAACCAGGCAGAUAGCACAGGAGAUCAUUAAGGGCAUGGGGUAUCUCCACGCAAAGGGGAUUGUCCACAAGGAUCUGAAAUCCAAGAACGUUUUCUAUGACAAUGGGAAAGUUGUGAUCACUGACUUUGGACUGUUUGGAAUUUCAGGCGUGGUUCAAGAAGGAAGGAGGGAGAAUGAGCUGAAGCUGCCUCACGACUGGUUGUGCUACCUGGCCCCCGAGAUCGUGCGCGAGAUGGCCCCGGGGAAGGAUGAAGACAAGCUGCCUUUCUCCAAAGCGGCAGAUAUCUACGCCUUUGGGACCGUGUGGUACGAGCUGCAGGCGCGCGAGUGGCCGUUCAAGAACCAGCCCGCGGAGGCUCUCAUCUGGCAGAUCGGCAGCGGAGAGGGCGUCAGACAAGUCCUUGCAACUGUCAGUCUGGGCAAGGAGGUCAACGAAAUCCUCUCGGCGUGCUGGGCCUUCGAGCUGGGUGAGAGGCCCAGCUUCACCGUCCUCAUGGAGAUGCUUGAAAAACUGCCAAAACUGAACCGCCGGCUCUCCCACCCGGGGCACUUCUGGAAGUCUGCUGACAUUAACAGUAGCAAAGUUGUCCUGCGUUUUGAAAGGUUUGGCUUGGGAAUCCUGGAGCCGAGUAACCCAAAGCUCUAGCCUGGUGUCCUUGUGACCAUGUUGUCUGCCUGCUC